CACAAGGGAAUAGGGGAGAAAGGCGCAGGCCAUGGAGAAAUCUCCUCUUCUUUCUAUGGACAUGGCGGGAGCUACAGAGAAGAAAGCCAAAGCACCACCACCCUUCCAGGCGGCGAUUCACUCGGUGCAAAAGCCGACGGCGAAGCCGUGGAAGAGGCCCGACCAUCCGGUGCCGCCCAAGGUCUACCGAGUCGAACCCCGAGGCUUCCGCCAGCUUGUGCAGAAGCUCACCGGUGCACCACGGCCCACCCCUCGCCCUCUCAGGGACACGGCAAGACCACCUCCAGCCCUGAACUUGGCCCCAAGAACUCCGCUGCCUCCGCCACAGCCAAUAUUUGAUAAUAAUAACUACUUUCCGACAGAGUCCGUGAGGCCAAUGGAGCAGAAGGCAGUGUUCGCUUACCAGUCUCCGACAGGGCUGGCGGGGCUCUUCUCGCCUUCGUUGCCGUCGUGGUGUUCUUUUCCUCUACUGAGCCCGGGAUCCAUUGCACCGCUGGAGCAGAGCAGUAAUACUGUACUUUAAGCUGGGAGACUUGGUUUCUUUUUGGUAGUUUUAUUUUGAGAAAUAAGGAGACUAAUGGGUUUCCUUUUGGUAAUUUAGCCUAGCAACCUGCAACUCUUCGAGCAAGGGGCUCUGCCUCUGCUUAUUUGUUAGCCCCCAUGUUUUUAGUUUUUUGUCAUCGAUCACUCGCACCUUGCCUUCUUCAUAUUUCAAGUGGUGUAACUUGUUGCAGGGAUAAAAUAAAAAAGAAUGUCCAUGACUCUCAUUGAUCCAUUGUAAGAGACAUAAAGCCAUACAAUUAGGGCAAAUCUACUUGUUAUAAAAAAAUGGUUAUAUCGACGCUUUAGCGGU